AUGGCCGAAGCCCCACAGAGCGCGCUGUCGUCACUGUCUGCGCUAUGCGUCGCCCGUCUUGCGGCAGGAGCUCCCCAGCGUGUGCUGCUGCGCGUUCUGCGUCGCCUCCCGGAAGAGCUCGUGCUGACGCUGCUGGCCGACAUGAUCGCGUCCAAGACGCUGACGGACGACCGUCUGGCUGCCUUUUUUAUGAUCUCCCGUCGCGUGCUCACUCUGUCGGGCUGUUGCUCGAUUCGUAACUCCAUCUUACGCCAAAUUCCUUUCCGCUGUCCGGAGCUGCGCUGCUUGGACCUCUCCAACUGCACUCAAGUGACCAACACAGUGGUCCGCGCGGUGCUCCAGGGCUGCUCCAGUUUGCAGACGCUGCAGCUAGCUGGAUGCCGCCACAUUACAGACGCUGCAUUUCAGCCGGACCACUCGCCCUUUUACGCGCUGCACGCGUGCACGUCGCUGAAAGUCGUGAGUUUCGCGCGCUGCUCCCAGCUGACGAAGGACCUGGUGCUGUUCUUGAUCAAAGCUUGCCGGUCGCUCACUGACAUUGACUUUUCGCACUGCAAGCACAUUCGUGACGAUGCAAUUCACCUGCUGCUUCGCUCAGCGACUGACCUGCAACGACUGAAUUUGUCGUUCAUGGACAUCUCGGACAGUGCGUUCACGACGGAGCCGUCGGACCAACGCAAUGGCUUUAGCGCCAUGGGCCGGGCGUUGCGUGCCAUUGACCUCACUCGGAGCAACAUCACGGACGCCACGCUGUUUGCACUGGCCAAGCACUGUCCGCUUCUCGACGACGUCAAGCUCAGCAGCUGCAGCGGAAUCACGGAUGUCGGCAUCGAAGCGCUUGUGCGCUCUUGCAGACGCCUGCGCAAGUUGAACCUGACCAACUGCGCGCUGAUUACUGACCGUGGCGCCGGCAUGCUCGGCGCUUAUGGUCAGCGACUGGAGUGUCUGAACCUCUCGUGGUGCAUGAACAUCACUGACAAGAGCGUUGUGGAUAUCGCGCGUGGCUGCGAAGAGCUCGAGGAAGUGCUGUUGAUGUGGUGUACGCAGCUCACGGAUGCUUCGGUUGACGCGUUUCUUCCCGAGUCCACGUCGACAUUAGAGAGCGUGGCCCCGGGAGGAAAACGGCUGAAGCUCAAUCUCUGCGGGUGCAAGUGGAUCAGCGCUGCACGUAUAGAAACCGCGCGCGAGCACGGGCUGGAGAUUGUCACAGCAUCGUGA